AUGGCUUCCACCGCUGCAGAUGAAAUCAUCGGCGGCAACGAGGAACUGGCAGUGGAGAUCCUUCAGUAUCUGCCGGCGAAAUCCCUCAUUCGGUUCAAGUCAGUCUCUAAAGCAUGGCUCUCUUUCAUCUCCACUCCUCGCUUCUCUCUCCUCUGGCAAUCCCAUCAUCAUCCCAAAGUCUCCGGCCUUUUCUUCAACCCUUUGUUCCGAACUGAAACCAUCAAAUACGUUUCUCUCACUCACUCCGACGACUUGAGGAAUCAAUGUGAUAUUGCAACCGUUAUUAAUGGUGGAGGAGAAAACAAUUCACCACCUCUCUUUCCUCAUGAUAUCUAUGCUAGAAUCAUAGACUCUCGUAAUGGUUUUUUACUCGUCUCUUUUAAUAAGACGCAGAGCUGUAGUAUCGAUUGGAGGCGGUCGUACCACGUUUAUAAUCCUACUACCAAGCAAUUCUCUACUCUUCCAUGGCCUUUUCCGGUCACUUUCACUUCUUCCAUUGGUGACAAUGUAUAUUUGAUUUUCGAUCCUUUAAAAUCACUCCACUACAAAGUUGUUUUGGUUCAGGCUUCAGAGCAUGGUAGUGCCUGCUUGAUUCAAAUACAUAUUUAUUCGUCGGAAACCAAUGACUGGCGGAGAUCACCACUGGAUGAUGAUAUUGAUGAUUUUCAUCCUUUCCCGAAAUCAUUAAAUAAAUCAUUAAAUAGUGUGAACUUGAAUAAAGGAGUCUAUUGGAAUGGUUCCAUCCAUUGGUGUUCUUACGACAAAGAAAAAACUUCCUUGUACUUUGAUGUCGAUCAAGAAAGAUUUCGCCCAAUGCCAUCUCCGCCAUAUAACGCUUAUUUUGGGGAGUCCGGAGGUCAUUUGCAUAAUAUUAUAAAUUUUGAUUGUAGGGGAUCCUUCCAUGUCAACGUCUCCGAGAUGGAAAGUGAUUACUCCAAGUGGACAACGAAGUAUGUAGUUUGCCUUAACGCGAGGAUGGUCGUUCCUCUUGCAUUAGAGGAUCAGAUGAAGAUGGUUGUCAGCAACAAUACAACGCUUACUUUAAUCCAUGGUGAAGAUGAAGAGGAUGUGUUUUUGGUACUUAUUGUACUCACCAAGAUGAAUUAUAUGAUCAUCUCCUACAACAUUAAGGAGAACACCCUUAAGAAGCUUGGUGAUGUACCACGGCAUCACGUUACAUCUUGGAAUGAUGGUGGUUCGUGGCGGCGUGAUGGUUGUUCGUGGACGCCGUGCCCUCGUAUCCAUCGUUACAUUGAGACACUUUUUCCUGUUUGA